CUCUAGUAGAGAGGUCACGUCGCGAGUACAAGUUCAUGCCAAGUGGCUCGGACUCCCGCUAGCCGUUUACUGUACCGUACGUUCGGGGAGGCGGCUGUUUCUGUCGUGGACUCGUGGCUGGCUUGCUGCGUGCUAGCGAGGCGAAUCUCCUCCAUCACCCACCACUACCCUAGCCGGGACGACAGGCACACUGAGCGGCCGUAGCCUACGCUCGAUAACCCGGUGAUACCGACAGACUUAAUGUUACCGGGCAAGUGUGCUUUCCGGGACACAGUGGGAUAAGCGAGGGCCAGUAGAGAACCGGGGGAAACUACAGCGAGAGCUCGCUAUCAUCAGGAGGCGCACCUUCAGGUGUGAACAGGGCAGUCGUGGCUCAUGACUUCUGAUCAGGACACCAAAGCCGUCGCUGAACCUCAGGGGCAGCCCAACCCUAACGACACACACACGGAGCCUCUGGAUCCUCCCAAGUUGCCUGACCUGAACUACGAUGCUAAAGCAUGGGCCAAUCAAAAGCCUAGUCUGGACACAUCUGAAACCACCCCCUUUUUGGUUGUCCAAUCAGAGCUUGAGCAGUCCGAUGACUCCUCCCAGGACAGGGUCAGAGGUGAUGAGCCUGAUGAUGGCGGUAUAUUUGAGGUGCAGUCAUUGGCUCAGGCCGAAGCUCAUCCUACUGUGAUGCAGGAAGCCAACAUGGCCGACGUGAUGUCACAGAGCCACACCCCCAAGAGUCAGGAGCACACUGACAAACAGGAGAGCGCGCAGAGCGAGAAGGAGCUUCAGAGAGAAAAUCUGACGAAAAUGCUCCAGUUUUGUAUGUCACGUGAGAACCUGUCCAGCGACAUGUACCUGGUCUCCCAGAUGGACAGUGAUCAGUACAUUCCUAUCGUUACCGUGGCGAAUCUCCACCACAUCAAGAACAUCAGCACAGACAUGGGGCUGAUAGUGGACAUCCUCAGAUCGCUCCCUCAGUUGCAAGUGGAUGAGGGUGGGAAGAGGGUGAGAGCCAAUCAGAACCGCUGCAUCGUCAUCCUCAGAGAGAUACCUGAACACACACCUGUGCAGGAGGUUGAGGCCCUGUUCCAGACUGGGAAUCUGCCCAAGAUGGUCAGUUGUGAGUUUGCCUACAAUGACAACUGGUUCAUCACCUUCCAAACAGAGGCUGCUGCACAGCAGGCGUACCAGUAUCUCAGAGAGGAGGUGAAAACUUUCCAGGGGAAACCCAUCAAGACACGCAUCAAAGCGCAGGCUAUGGCCUUCAGCUCCCUUCUGCCAACGAAUGGGUUCCAGCCAGUGAGGGCGGAGUCUGUGUAUGCCCCGCCCAGAUUCUCACCGUUGCUCCUCCCCCCGGUGCAAACACCGCCUCCUCCUACGGCAGCCCAGCAGUUUCCCUACUACGCAAUCAUCCCACACACACACACCGCACUGCAGGUGGCUCCCUUUCCCAACAGCCCCUUCAUGCACAGCUUCAGCACCCCCCCGAGCUUCAAAACUUCCAGCACUUUCCACAGCAGGACAUACAGCAAGCACCAGCAUCAGAGAGGUGUGUAUGAUGGCCCCACCCCCAUAUACAGCUUCAGCCCAGAGCAGCUCCACCCCAGCCAGUCACGGCCCUCACAAGCCCACUACACCCGCCCCCAGCCUGCUGGGAUUGGCUACCCAAGCGAUGACCUCAGUGGUGUUGCCAGGUCCCAGCCAAUCAUGGCUGACUGCUCCAUAGGUCAGGGCAGGUCCAAUAUCUACGCUUCCAGGAAAAGGAGGGAAGAAAGUUUUACUGAUGCGUGUUCAGAGGGCGGAGCCUCCAGCCCCCUCUCUACAGGAAGAGCUAUGGUGACCACACCCCCGUUGCCUAGCAACCUCUUAUCCCCACCCAACUCAGCCCUCAGGCCAACCUACAGAACAGAAGACCUGAAGAGUGAAAAAGAGACUCAGGUGUCAGUGGAGAGGGCGUACAUCACCGUGGCAACUCAGGUGUCAGUGGAGAGGGCGUACAUCACCGUGGCAACUGCCAGCAAGUCUGUCCAGGUCAACGGCUUGGCAACGGAGGGCCGUAUGCCGAGCUACGCUGAGAUCUGCCAGCGAAUCAGAGACUCCUACAGCAGCGAAAGACCCGCCCCCCGCAACCAGCAGCCCAGGAAGGACACGCCCACUGGCCCUCGGCAACUGUCGCCGGGCCUGGAGCUCCUGACCCCUCCGACCUCACCUCAGUAGUCAUGGCAACAAUGUGAUGGCACGCUGUGAUGGUCCCACUUUCUUGGCACUUUAUGGUCCCGCAACACACACGCACACCACACACACACGUACACACACACACACACACACACACACACACACACACACACACACACACACACACACACACACACACACACACACAUCUCACCUGUACAUGGGAGUUAUAUCUUGGAGG